CUUUCAAAAUUUGCUUGUGCAGAUUGGUGAUUGUGACUGUUUGGUCCUGGAGCACAUUAUUGGGGAAUGUUUCCGAAAGCAAUUAAUUGAUGUGUCAUAAUUAUGGAUUUUACUGAGCAUGCAUGGCAAGCUAGUUCCGGUUAUAGCCACUAGGGGGAUACAGCACACACUAAACGUCAUCAUAUCUCAGCAUGCCGUGGACAGUGCGAGCCCUACCUGUGUGCGUGCACGCGCCUGUGUGCGCGUGUGACUUCCCACUUUGAAGGAGAGGGGAUGGGUCGAUGGGGGAAUAAGACCACAUACACACGGGCACGCACGCGCGCGCACACACAGACACACAAAGCCGAAACAUUUGAAACACGAGUUGUUCUUUUCGAAUACACGCACACAGACAACACACUUGGGGAGAAACCGGCUCCGCAAGCGAGGAGCGACUGGUGCGCACAAGUGUGACCGCUUUAGGCGCGCGUGAGGACGGCGAUGCUGUGGCUCUGCAGCCCCUCUCCCUGUCCGCUUCAACUUCUUUGACUUUUUUUUAUUUAUUUUUUUAAACACAGCAUCCUAAAGGAAGUUGGGACCUUUUUCCUUUUGUUUGUGAAGAUUUCUUUGAGUAAAUAUGAGCGGUCGUCUCGCUGUCACUUUCCCACGCCUUUUAAUUGGUGAAACGUCUUAUUCAUUUUUAAGGGUGGGAUAAAUAAUUCCAAAAAAGAAAGGAAAGAGGAAAAAAAGGUGUGACAGUAGCUUGGCGGACAACUGUGGAUCUCUGCGAGUAACUCCUACCGUCCAAGAGGGGGGGUGAGGGGGGUGAGAUGAGGAGGGGGGGCCAUCGGCCGUACCCCCCUCUCCUUGAUUGAUUAGUUAUUAGUCAUCCCUUUGGCUAAAUGGGACCCAUUGAAAAGGCACCGUGGAACACAUACAUGAAUCAAAUAUUCCUCGUGUCCCCUCAAUGUCUCACAGUAGUUUUGCUUAAGAAGAGAGGGGGUCGUGGCUUAGCAUUAUAAAGAGAAGGGGAAAACAGCAAAGCUUUAUGAGGUUUAUUUAGACACUUUCAACCGCAAAAAAAGAAGAGGAUUCCAAACAGAGGAGGAAUUGUGGACUAUAUUUUUCUAUUCGGGAUUUUUAUGUCACAUUUGUUGGCAUUUUUCAUUGUGAAAAAAUGAAACUUUGGACGUCUCCCUGGGUGUCCUGUCUGGUGAUUCUCAUCCUGUGUUUUGGAUCAGAGUGCGGAACUGUGGAGCGGCGGAAAGGCAGAUCCAAGAGGGACUUGGUGCGCAUGAGGGAGGCAAGAGCCAUCGUCCCGGGGGCUUGCGCCACGCGUCUGCCCCGGGGCAAGCGCUCCCUGGCCGGCUUGGAGCGCCAGGGGCUCCGCCAGCGUCGACGCCCCUCCUCGCAGCCGGAGGUGAGCUCCCCUGAGCGGGGCAAGGCUGUCUAUUUCACCGGCAGGGGCGACCAGCUCCGGCUGAAGCCCGGCGUGGAGAUCCCCAGAGGAAGCUUCACACUUGAGAUGUGGAUCAAGCCGGAGGGAGGUCAGCGAUCACCCACUGUUAUAGCAGGCCUUUACGACAAAUGUUUCUACGCCUCCAGCGACCGAGGCUGGUUGCUUGGCAUCCAGUCGGUCAGUGAACAUGGCAACCGAGACCCUCGCUUCUUCUUCUCCCUUAAGACAGAUCGAGCUCACAAGGCCACCGUCAUCCACUCCAAUGCACGCUACGUACCAAACCAAUGGGCGCAUCUCGCUGUCACCUACGAUGGCGUCUACAUGAAGCUCUUUGUCAACGGCGCCCAAGUUGGCGUGAGUCGCGAGCAAUCGGGUGACGUCUUCAGUCACCUGACCAAAAAGUGCAAAGUACUGAUGAUCGGGGGAAACGCACUGAAUCAUAACUACAGAGGGGCGGUGGAGAGGGUGGCCCUGUGGAGGCAUGCUCGGGGGCAGAGGCAGAUUAUCAGGGAUAUGCAGGGCAAUGAGGAUCUGCAAGAUCUACCUCAACUGGUCAUACGUGAAACUUUUGAGCAUCCAGGCAGGAAGUGGCUGACUGUAAAAGACGGUAGCUUUCCUCAGCCAGAGCUGAGGGGAAGUGGACGGAUGGGUUUUCAUGGCGGUGGAGGAAAUGCUGAAGGAUUAUUAGACACGACGCUAGAGCCCCCAGCUUGUGGCCAAACGAUUUGUGACAACGUAGAGGUCAUCAAAAAUUACAACCAGCUUUCCAGCUUCCGACGCCCCAAGAAAGUACGUUAUCGCGUGAUAAAUAUCUGGGACGAUACGCGGACCAAGCCAACCGUGUCAGACCACCAAAUCAGCUUGCAGCACCAGCGUCUUAAUGACGCUUUCAGUCCCUACAACAUCACCUGGGAGCUCAGCAUUCAUAACAUAACCAACUCGUCCCUUCGGAACAGAUUGAUCCUCGCUAACUGCGACAUCAACAAAGUGGGUGACACCAUUUGCGACCCAGAAUGCAACCAUCCACUCACCGGUUUCGACGGAGGAGACUGCGUGUCGGGCCACCGGAGUCGCUGCCCUAAGAGCAAGCAAGGAAACGGCGUGUGUGACCCGGAAUGUAACUGGGAAAAUUUCGACUACGACCGCGGUGACUGUUGCAACCCUGAUGUAACGGAUGUGACCAAGACCUGUUUCGACUGCUCCUAUCCACACAGAGCCUAUUUGGAUGUGAAUGAGCUCAAAGAGAUCCUGCGCUUGGACGGCUCUACUCACCUGAAUGUUUUCUUUGCCAACUCCUCUGAUGAAGAUCUAGCCGGGGUUGCGACUUGGCCAUGGGACAAAGAAGCCCUCACGCAUUUAGGUGGAAUUGUGCUGAACCCGUCCUUCUACGGCACAUUCGGCCACACCGACAUCAUGGUUCAUGAGGUGGGUCACAGUCUGGGCCUCUACCACGUCUUUCGAGGGAUCUCUGAGAUCGAGUCGUGCAACGACGCUUGUUUGGAGACUGAGCCUUCCAUGGAGACCGGCGAUCUAUGCGCCGACACCAACCCCACGCCCAAGUUCAAAGGCUGCCAUGAUCCCGAGCCGGGAAACGAAACCUGUGGCUGUCCGCAUUUCACAAACACGCCCUUCAACAACUACAUGAGUUACGCAGACGACUCCUGUACCGACUCCUUCACCCUGAAUCAAGUAGCCCGGAUGCACUGCUACAUGGACCUUGUCUACCAGACGUGGCAACCUGCCUCCAAACCUCCCCCGGUGCCGAUGCCCCCUCAGGUGGUGGAGCAGCAUCACAACUCUAUCAGCUUGGAAUGGUUCCCGCCUAUUUCGGGGCACUUUUACGACAGAGAAUUGGGAUCAGUGUGUGAUAAAUGCACAGAGGGGAGAGUUCUACUUCAGUACGCCUCCAACUCAUCAUCACCCCGACUGUGCGACCCUUCUGGACACUGGUCUCCACUCGAGGCUGAAGGUCCUCCUGAUGUUGAGCAGGCCUGCGAACCAAGCGUGCGUACCUGGAGCCCCAACGCGGGGAAUGAGCGGGGCAGGGUCAAGCCCUCCGAGUGCCCCCUCCAGGGCUGCAUGCUCCAGCUGGAGUUCCCCCAUCUGCUAGUACCCGACACACUGACUGUCUGGGUCACGUUCUUCAGCGCUGAAGAAACAGCACUACCGGCUAUCCACAACAUCCUGCUACUCACCGUCAGUGGCAAUAACAUCUCACUAGGCCCUAGUAAUGUCUUCUGCGACACCGCACUCACCCUGAAGCUUGACGUUGAGGAAGAAGUCUACGGGGUGCAGUUCUUCACCAUGGAGCAGAACCUGGAGAUUGACGCCACUCUCUUGGCAUCCAAACCGGACUGCUCUCUGUGUCAUGACUGCCAACCACUGCGCUACCGUUUGCUGCGUGACCCGCCCUUCACCCACGCACCACAUGGUCUCAUUUUCAAUGAACCAUCGCGCCGAUAUACAGACAGGGAUGUGGAGCCACAUGUCACGUACACUUAUCGAGUCCAAACCAUCUCCAGUCGAAGCGAAAGCGUCCCUUCUCCACCUCUGGUACAUGAACUUGGGGCGACCUACUGUGGAGAUGGAUGGAUCCAGAGUUCCAAAGGAGAGGAGUGUGAUGACAUGAAUUCCAUGAAUGGUGACGGCUGCUCCAGCCAGUGCAAGAAAGAGCCUUUCUUCAACUGUGUUGAGGAACCGAGCAUGUGCUACUACUAUGACGGGGACGGCAUUUGCGAGGACUUUGAGAGAGAGACUGGCGUUCGAGACUGCGGCCUUUACACACCCAGCGGCUUCCUGGACCAGUGGGCAUCCGCUGUGGAUGUUUCCCACGAGAAGAAACCAUACUGCUCGGGAGAGGUUGCGGCUGGUUAUCCUGCUGUUACGAAGACAUGUCAGUCCAAGGUGUUUGAUCUCUCUGAUGGGGUUUCUCAAUACGCCUGGUUCCCGUGUGACGAUGCCCGCAAGUCUCGGUGGGGAUACCCAAACUUCUGGCUUAAGGCCCACUUUUCUCACCCGAUGGUGGCGGCAGCGGUGAUCAUACACCUGGCGGCUGACGGGACGGGUUACAUCGACCAGACUCAAUGUAACAUCACCGUUCAGCUGGUGGACACCAAAGAAGGAAUCCAUAGUCUUGGUGAAUGGCGACUGAGCUGCCGUACAAACCCGUUGGUGAUUCCAGUGAGCCACGACUUAUCGGUGGCCUUCUACCACACCAAGGCCAUCCUGGUCAUGUUCGCCUCCCGCCUGGUGGCCAUCUCCGGUGUGGGUUUGCGCUCUUUCCAGUCCUUUGACCCCAUCACCAUCAGCAGCUGCCAGAGUAAUGAGAUCUACAACCCCACUGGUCAAAGUUGUGUGCAUUAUUCGUGCGAAGCCAUCGACUGCCAGGAGCCCUUGAUCCGCAAUGCAGAGCUCAAGUGCAACAACGCCGGCCGCCAUUUCUACAACGGCGACCGCUGCACCAUCUCCUGCAACUCGGGAUAUGUCCUGCAGAUCCACCAGGAUGAUGACAUCAUCAAGAGCCAGUCUGACUCUUUGGUGACCAUAACCUGCGCAAACGGCAAAUGGAACAAACAGGUGUCAUGCGAGCCAGUCGACUGCGGUCUGCCUGACAAAUAUCACGUUCAUCCGGCCAAUUUCAACUUCCCCGAGGGAACCACCUAUGGCAAGAAGAGCACUUUCCAGUGUCGCGAACCCGCCCAGCUUGUAGGUACCAACAACACGUUGACCUGCUUGGAGGAUGGGCUAUGGUCCUUUCCGGAGGCUCUCUGCGAGCUUCGCUGCCCUGCUCCUCCGCCCGUGCCCAACGCCGUGCUGCAGACUAAACGCUGCAAUGAGACGGGCCUCAAAGUGGGAACACUGUGCAAGUACAAAUGCAGGCCGGGCUAUCAUGUGACCAAUAAACCCAAGAGGCGAGCGUUUAAACGUCAGUGCACCGAAGACGGCAGUUGGCUGGAGGGGGCCUGCGAACCGGUGACUUGCGACCCCCCGCCACCAACCUUCCAUGAUUCCUACCACUGCACCGACGGCUUCCGCUUCGACAGCGUUUGCCGACUUAACUGCUCUGACCCGGCCGGUAAUAGCGCUAAUGCCGUCACUGGAGGCUCCGCCCACACGGUGAGGCUGCUGCACGCUCCAUGCAAGCAGGGCGCGAGCGCCAACGCGAUCCGCUGUAGGAAGGACGGCAACUGGACGGGGUCCUUCCGCCUCUGCCCCAAUAUCAAAGGCCAGUGUUCCUUACCUCAAAACCUGCAUUACAGCCUUCAGUACUCAUGCAGGCGAGGUCAUGGCAUAGGCGAGGAGUGUGAGCUGUCGUGCAGGGAGAGCAACAACGACGUGGUGAUCCUCCCUAGCAACAUGACGGCAGAGAGUGUACUCAAGGAGCACUGGAGGAACCCGCACAAGGUCAAGAGUAUAGUCUGUACAAUGGGACUGAAGUGGCAUCCACACCCGGAAUUGCUGCACUGCUUCAAAGGAUGUGAGCCAUUCAUGGGAGACAACUACUGUGAUGCAGUAAACAACCGAGCCUUCUGUAACUACGAUGGAGGAGACUGCUGCCAAUCCACUGUCAAGACCAAGAAGGUGAUUCCAUUCCCGAUGUCCUGUAACAUACGGAACGAGUGCUCCUGUCGGGAUCCCAACGCCGUAGAGAACAGAAGGGAAGAGAAGGUCCAUUCCCUGGGCUGACCAAACCGAUGAAGGAAGAGGGCUUUGGGGUGGGGGUGGGGGGGCUUUGUUCAACAUCUCAAGACCCUUUGCACCAACACCACACUCAGAGUGGGUAAGGCGGUAACACCCCCCAACUGCCCCUCGAUCUUUAUCCUCCAUUUUCCUGCACAUGCUGCUUUAACAGGCAUACCUCUCCAUCCUCGCAACCCCUCUGCCUCUGCAUCACGAAAAGAUCGAGAAAAGACGACAGGACUCACAAGACGCCACUGAAAACGUCAUUCCUCAACUAUAAGGAAAGUAGCCUCACAGUAUCAUCAUCAUGAAGCAAAAUGCAGCCAAUUAUGAAAUAGCCAGAAAAAAAAAAAAAAAAAGGAAAACCUAGGCAGGCCGAGGUACUGUAGCAUGCCUUUUGUUCAGUGUCUAGUUUAGUGCCCUAGCUCGAUAAUUACAAAAUGAAAGCAAUUCCAAAUGUGUGUGGGGGAGGGGGAGUGUUGGAUCAAUAAUUAUAAAUAUGAAGGAAAUGAAGACACAUGUUUCUCAGACACGUUUAGAAGACAUGAGGUUUUGGCACGAGUGGUCAGACAUUCUGUAUCUAUUUUAAUUUCACUCAUGUGUUUCUUCAUCGGCACAUCAGAGGUUCAAACUCGCCUGGAACGAUCGUCUCAUUUACACUCCGCAGAUUCCACACACAAUAACUGAGAUAAAAUAAACAAACAGUCACAGAAACUAUUAAGUAAUUACCCUGCCACAGCAGAAUCAAUAUUCCCAUACGUCUCGGUUUGUUUUUGUUUAAGCAAAUUUCAGAGCGUGGAAUAAAAACAACGUCCAUGCGGCCUCUGCUACUGCAUCUGCCGCUACUCGACUUUUUUGCAUUGUAGUAUCCUCAUGGGGGGGGCGGGCGGUUUACGUCUUUUUUCUGCGGUUCGCAGGGAAUCCUUUGCAACCAAAAAAUAGCAUUAUCCAUUGAUUGCAACUGAAGGAACGUCAUUGUAAACACCUCACUUUGCAGUAGUUGGUUUUAGUUUCAGUUGUAGAGUUUGGGUUAUUUAAUUCUCACGGAACGGUUUCCCCAUAAAUUCACCUUUCGCUAAGACCUAUAACGGCCCUUCCACCAUCUCUCCUAUUAAUUCAGUCUAUAAAACUUUUGGAACCAACUUGGUGCUUCCAUUAUCUCCAGUCACAGUUUUCAAAAGAAACAAAACAGAAGACAUUUCAAUCACCCUGGCUAACCUUGCUAACACUGCAGAUGGUGAUUACGACAGAUGACCUCAUAGUUUUAUCCUCUACAUUUAGAGUAUUUCCGUUGUGUUUGGCAAAUGGAAAAAAACAGACUAACAACAUGUUUCAAGUUGGAACCAAUAACCUUUAAACCUUCCGGGUAUUUUUUUUUUAACAGCAAUGAUAUUACAAGGUCACUUUGACCCAGAGUGUGAUUAAUUAUCCAGACAUGUAAAAAAAGAAAACAAUCGGACUAAACAUCGGUUGUAUUUAGGGACAAAUUUUCUUGCCAACUAUUACAUUGUGAAAUCCUAAAGGCUUUCUCCCCAAAAACUAUACUUAAAUGCUACUGGGUCACUUUGACCCAGAGUGUGAUUAAUUAACCAGACAUGUCAAAAAAGAAAAAGAUCUGACUAAACAUUGGUUUUAUUUCAUGACAAAUUCUAUUAAUAACUAUUACAUUGUGAAUUCGCAAAGGUUUUUCCCCCAAAAAUUAUACUUAAAUAUUCUACAUCGUUAACUAGUCAAUUUGCCCCGCAACGUAAAAGGAUCGUUGUAGAGAUCAAUAAUAUAUCCAAACUUUUGACCUGUAUUCUUCACGGUGAUUGGCCAGGCUUAGCGAAAUGGUGAAUUAAUUUCAUUUUCAUGACACACACACACACGCACACACAAGCACAAACAGUGCUGCUGAUGCUGCUGCUUGGCUUAUCAGCCCACGUUUUGCUGCUCUGGUUAGGUCACAGCGUGACUAAGACACACAGUUGCGAGGGAUUCUUCAUCACCAAAAAUACACACAAGAAACGACAAAUAUUUUGUAAAUAUUACUUCUCAAUAGAGGGUGAGAUUUUCUUUUUCAUGUAUUUGAUUUUUCAACCAAAUGUCAUAUUCAAUUAGUGUUUGUAAUAAUGACUUCAGUUACUGCACUUUUUAAGUUGCCAUGUAAAAAAAAAAAGGAUGUCUUUCAAAAAAACAUAUGUAGAAGCUGCUAUCGUCCAAAUGGUGAUCCAAGACAAAUAUUUGAUCCUUUUGCCCCCCAUGUGUUGCUUUGACAUGACCUUUUCCCAAACUUGCUUUGCUUAUUGCGAACAAGAACAUCAGAUAUAUCGAAAGGUUUUAAAUCCGCCCCAGUGUAUAUUCAGUAGAACCUCCAAGGUCCAUCACAUUGUGCUGAGCAAUCAUUUUGAAGACUACUGUCUUAAACUGCAGUAAGUUCCAUUUUUCGGCUCUUUGCCAUAUUGUGUCAUCCUGCUCCUGCGGUGGCACGACAAAUAUAAUAAAUUAAUAAAAAUCAUUGCUUCCCCAAUUUUUAUACUUUUAAUACGGCCCCCUGAGCGCCAUAUAAAUCUAAAACACACCCAAAUUGCCCCCCAAAAAUGUUUACUCACCUUCUCCAUUAAGUCUAGUGAUAUUUCCCAACAUUUUGGUUUCAUCGAUGUUGGAGGUUGUACUGUGCAUUUACUAAUAUUUCAACAUAUCACAACUAACUCAACUGGACAUUUGAUUUUCUUUUUUCAAAACUGUUUAUUUUUCACCAAGAAACUCAAAGUCAAACGAGAAGGAAACCUAAAUGAAGAAAUCACAAUUAUUUAUGAAUGAUUGUAAGGCUAUGUUAUUCUUAUUGCAUUUAGCAGAAGACAUGUAUUAUCUUGAUAUUACGAUACAAUGUUAUGAUAUAUAUUAGUACUCUGGUUUCAGUUGUUUUACAUACAACUGCAACCAGUGGGGUGGGGGGGCUCAACCUACUUCUUCAUGCUGAUGACCACAGGUUCAAUAUCCACCACUCAGCUCCCUUCCUGCUAUGCUAUUUGAAUGGACCAUUUGGUUGUUUGUGACUCAUGAUGACCUGUAUCCAAAAAAAUCCACGCUUGUCUCCAAAGGCUACAGACUUAAGACUGGAUUUUCUUUUGAAGAAGGAGGUAUUCUCCUCUCGUAAAAGCCAUAGUCCAACCGAGCGAUUCACGCAAAGAAGGAACAUCACCUCGAAACUGUCGUCAUCACAGGAUCCCUCACUGUACCUCAUGCCUGUAAUGUUUGCUGCUUCAAUAUAUAGAUAUAUAUUAUUUUAUUGAUUUUUUUUUUCUUUUGGCUUCUCAUACCGAUGGUGUACAUAGUAGAACUAUUUAUUGAGAGUGUUAUACUUUUUUAAGUUAUAUUUAAUGUCCAUGUAAGUUAUUUUUGACAUUGUUCAUCCAUCAUUAUUAUUGUAAUCAGGCAACCCCCUCUGCCCUCACACACUUUUAUAUUUUUUUAACCCUUAAACGUUAGAAAAGAGACAGUGCUUGCUUCACACAUGUAAUAUGUUACAGAUUUAAAUUACAGAAUGUAAUUAUUUUUUAACUCUCUUGUUUGCUUUUGGGGAAAUAAAUUCAUGUAUGUAGUGUUAUAACAACUACAAUGUUAAAAAUUAGGUACUUUUAUGAGACUCCAAAGUACCUUUUUUAAGUUUAAAAAAUAAAUCCUGUUUGUUUUAUGGGUGAAUAUGAAUAUUUUCAAUGAUAGAAAACAUAUGGACAGAAGAAUAAACCAGAUUUUUUUUUUUUUUUUUGUAAUUGUGGGUUUUCAAAAAGGUCACUAUGACCGAUCAUAAGAGGCGAAUACUUUUGAGGGUACCCCUGAUUGGUAGGAUGAAGUCCAUUUUUUUCUGAGAGUGUGGUGCAGGGUGCAGGGUGUUCUUGGAUGGUGAUAAAAAGGUGUGGUGGAGGGAAUGGGUGGGCUGCUUUUCCUGGCCUGGGCAGCUAUUUGGCCAGGUGUGAAAAUGUGUACUCACAGGGGCCGGACCCCGAUGCCCCCACGGCGGCGGUGGCGGCCAGCGCUUGACUGGCAAAGCGACACGUAAGCCACGGGGGCAAGUGAGUCAGAUUUUCUCCGUCCCCCUUCCACCAGGUUGGACACCCCCUGCCCCCUGCUCGGGCCCCUGCCCCGCCCGCCUCCUACUCCUUUGACACACUGCCUCAUCUGUCACUGUCAGCUCAGGCGGCACAGGGCGGCCAGUGUGGAGCGAGGCCCUGCGUAAAAAAGGAGAGAGGAAGUUUGGGCAGCUUAAAGAGGCGUUUGAAGUGCAAGCUGAAGGAACACACUUCUUCUUGGCCAAGCGCCUGGCUUAUCACGUACACUAAUAUGUUUGGAGUCGUGCUCGCUCCCCUGACAGGCUUUGAUAUAACUCCAUUUAUACCAACAGUUGCCACUUUGUUUCUAAUUUAACACCUGUUUUUUUUUUGUUUUUUUUUUGCAUGCCCAAAAAUGGUUAACUAAGACAAAGAAGUCGAGGACUGUUUGAAGCCUCUCCGAUCAUAAAAUACUGAUGUGCCAUCUUGUUGAAGACAUUUUUCUUUGUGUAUUGUAACACAUGAAGAAUUACCUCUCACAGGCCUCUGGUUCUAGACUUAGUCCACUUUUUGUCUCCCUCAAUAAAGGUGACUUGUCCUUUUGUUUAUUUUUAUUUUAAAAAUAUAUAUAUAGAAAAAUAAGUGUAUUUGCAUAUUACGUGGAUAUCUAGUGGUAUUACUGCAAUGUUUCGUACCCGAUUGCGCAACAAAUAUAUUUUACGAUGUAAAUAUUGAUGAUUGUAUUUGCAAAAACAAUGUACUAACUGUUCGGGAGUAGCUCUUGGAUGGAUUUUUAUCCUAUUAUACAAAAGAUGUUGUAUAUUGUGUCAAAGUAUCGCCCGCAAAAUACAGUGAGAAAAAAACCACAGUAAAAAAACAAACAAGAUGCUUUGCCACGCCCACUUGCAGUUAGCAUUUAUUUGUCCAUAAUGGCUCUGUGGAAGUACUGUUGUCAGCUUUCUAGACCAUGAAUUAUAUCCAGUGAGUCGUAUUUAUUUGUCGUCCAAAUGAAUGGAACCCGAAUGAUCACUUCUGGGUUGAAAUGGAACCUCAGUAGCAACUCUGUUGCUUUUUUUUUUAUUAUUAUUAUUAUGCAUUUAAAUGUUUGGUUCAGGCACCAGCCAGUAACUUUUAACAGUUUCUUUGCCCUCACUUUGGACUGUAUGAGUCAGAUAUGCCUUUGGGUCUCCACCGACACUGUAAAGGAGGCCAUCGGAUGUCUCUCUGAUGGCUCCCUCGCUUUUUGGUUUCUUUUUUACAGUAUGCACUUUUUCAGGCACAUAUACAACCAGUUGGACUUUUUAUGUUUUCCGUGGAUGUUUGUCCUUGCUUUCUUCACAGUUGCAAUUAUCUCAAUUUUUUUGGUGCUUUGGUACAUGGCAAAAACAUGUCGGAACUGUACUAUAUUUUCAUAAGGAAGAGUCAUAAAGAUGAGUAUCAUGUUGAUUUUUUUUGCUGUCAUUUAUUGUGUAGAAAUAAAACACUGGUUAAAGUGA